UAGUCGGAAAACACACUGACUGAGAAGCAUUCCCUCACUUACAUCUACACGGCCCUCUCCAAACCUGUCGGACUCCCGGGCAUCCAUGACUUCACAGCCAUGGGUCUGCUGAACGACAGGAUGAUCGACUACUUUGACAGUGAGAACCAGAAGAAAGUUCCCAAACAGACCUGGAUGAAAGAGCGACUGCCUGCAGAUUACUGGGACAAAGGCACACAGUCCCGCCAGAGCAAGCAGCAGUGGUUCAAAGUCAACAUCGACAUCCUGAUGCAUCGAAUGAGACAGAACGACACCGACGUCCAUGUUCUUCAGUGGAUGCACGGCUGUGAGGGCGUCACGCAGCCCAACGGCGAGAUUAAGUUCCAACGCGGCAUGGACAUGUACAGCUACGACGGAAACGACUUCCUGUCCUUCGACGCCGCCCACGAAGUCUGGGUCGCCCCAGUUCAAGAGGCCGUACAGACUAAGAGGAAGUGGGAUGAAGUCCAGGUCCUAAAAGAAUACACCAAAGGCUACCUGGAGAACGAGUGUAUUAGUUGGUUGAGCAAGUUCGUGAAAUAUGAGCAAGAGCAGCUACAACAGGCCUCUGCUCCAGCGGUGUACCUGUAUACAAAGAAGACCAGAGUUGAGGCAAACAUCAUUUUGACGUGCCUAGCCACAGGUUUCUACCCAAAAGACAUCGUCCUGCAGAUCAAAAGGAACGGCCGUGUUCUAACGAGAGAGGACGGAUUGAUCUCCUCGGGCGUUCGACCAAAUGAAGACGAGACCUUCCAGAGGAGAGACAGCGUGGAGAUUUUAAGGAGUGACGUGUCUACGUACACCUGUGAAGUGAAUCACCCUGGAUCCAGGUUGCAUGUUGAGAAGGUCUGGGGUAAGAAACUUUAUGUAACUGCAGUUUAUCAGGAGCUUCCCAGCUCUGGAGCUGCAGGUGUUGUUCGGUUUAUAGUGGUGAUUGUUGGUGUGAUCGUGGGAACGCUGCUAGUGGUCUUUGCAGGCAUAAUUGCUAAUGAUCCAGGUGACCACAACCCCAGCCCCGAAGACGCCGACGGUCUUGUGUACGAGAAUGUGGAGGAUGCAGUGUGA